GGACUCCGCGGAGGCCGCGGCGAGCAGGCGGAGCUGCGGGUCGGGACGCUCUGCGUGGGGCGGGGCGCAAGGGAGGUUUCGAGCCCGGAAGGUCCGGCGCCCAGAGCUAACGGGAGUCCCAGGCGAGCGGGUAGCGGGGUAGGCAGGCUGGCACCAGAGGGUAUGGGGGCCUGGCCGGGCAAGGCAGAAGGACGAGGAUGCUGGUGGGAAGGGAGCAACAGUGGAGGGGUGGUGAAGAGACGCGCGGCGGGAGGCGUGGAAGGGCCGCGGCGGGAGGUCUGACGCGGGCCCGCCUUUUCCUCUAGACCCUGGAAGCGCCAGUACCAGCCCACGAAAUUCUUUGAGGCCAGAAAUAGCGUCUUGAUCCCCCAAAAGGGAAAACCAGUUGUAAAUCGAAAUUAAUUAGUCUACCAAAAUGUAAUGUAAGCUGUCAGCCGCAACGUAACACAUCUAGCUAUAAAUUGUACCUAAGGUCGGGGGCAUUUAUAUAUUCUUUACAUAAUUUGGGGCGGGCCUCCACAAGUCUGAGGCUUUAAGGCCUUGAACUGAGGAGGAGGGUUUGGGAUGGAGGUGAGAAGGUGGUGCCAGGGCUGGUUUGCCUGGGAAGCCGUGGCCCUGGCCCCUCGGAGACAGAAGCCUUAGGCCGGGUCCGUGUUUUCUAAAGUACACCACGUUCCCAAUGGAUGAUGCUUGAAGAAAGAGCGUGAGGAGUCCAGCUGUAGCACCAGAACCAAGGGAGCUGGUCAGGGAGAAGGUCCUCUAAGGACUUGACCUGAAGAGGUUUGGGGAAAGAAGGACCACAAAGGGCAUGUGAGCUAGCGAUGAAAGGGUGAACUGGGGACGAAACCAGUGGCACUAGUUUAGAAGACAGGAUAAGGCACCAGGGAAUUCCAGGGUCAGGGAUUGUAAAAAAUGGAAAGGAUAGCACCCCAGAGUGUACCACCUUUGGUAAACUGCGGCCCUGAGGAAAUUGCCUUGCUCUAAAGGGGUGGGGGAUUAGACUACCUCCCAAACCUGCACUUUGUUUUGUUUUUUGGAGACAUAAUCGCUCGUCGCCCACGCUGGAGUGCAGUGGCGCGAUCUCGCCUCACUGAGCCUCCGCUUCCUGGGUUCAGGAGCUUCUCCUGCCUCAGCCUCCGGAGUAGCUGGGAUUACAGGCGCCUGCCACCACACCCAGCUAAUUUUUAUAUUUUUAGUAGAGACGAGGUUUCACCAUGUCGGUCAGGCUGGUCUUGAACUGCUGGCCUCAAGUGAUCCGCCUGCCUGGGCCUCCCAAAGUGCUGGGAUUACAGGCGCCUGCCACCAGGUCCGGCUAAUUUUUGAAUUUUUAGUAGAGAGGGUUUUGGGGUUUCACCAUGUUGCCCAGGCUGGUCUUGAACUUGUGAGCUCAAGCUGUUCGCCCACCUCGGCCUUCCAAAGUGUCAGGAUUACAGGCGAGUCACCAGGCCCGGCAUUGUAUGGAUUUCUCUAAGGUUAAAUACUUUAAGAUGAGAAAAAUUGAUCUCUGUCUGAGCUCUGAAGGGUCCGAAGUGAUUUUAGCUACAUCAAGUGAUGAAAAACACCCACCUGAAAAUAUCAUUGAUGGGAAUCCAGAAACGUUUUGGACCACCACAGGAAUGUUUCCCCAGGAAUUCAUUAUUUGUUUCCACAAACAUGUAAGGAUUGAAAGGCUUGUAAUCCAAAGUUACUUUGUACAGACCUUGAAGAUUGAAAAAAGCACGUCUAAAGAGCCAGUUGAUUUUGAGCAAUGGAUUGAAAAAGAUUUGGUACACACAGAGGGGCAGCUUCAAAAUGAAGAAAUUGUGGCACAUGAUGGCUCCGCUACUUACUUGAGAUUCAUUAUUCUAUCAGCCUUUGAUCAUUUUGCAUCUGUGCAUAGCGUUUCUGCAGAAGGAACAGUAGUCUCAAAUCUUUCCUCAUAAUGGUAACAAAAUGCUCUUGCAUGAUUUUUUAACAAUAUAUUUAAACAGGAAGUUGUCACUGAUAUACUUUAUUAAAAGGAUUUUUAUCAA